UCGCCACUUGGCAAAACAUCUCGCCGGCUGUCAAUCUUGCCUUCAAUACCGUGACUUCGUGAUAAUAAGGAUCUCAGGUCAAAUCCCAUUGAAUCGACGGCUCUUACCAGUUCAACCCGGAAGAACCUCCCCAACUCAUAACUAGCACUCGGCCUUGCGAUUAUGGCGCCUACUAAGUUACCAGAAUCUGGCAAUCCUCUGGUAUUUUUCGACAUCACCCUGGGAGGCGAGCCCCUCGGCCGCGUCACCUUCGAGCUGUUCAAGGACGUAGUCCCCCGGACAGCCGAGAACUUCCGCCAGUUCUGCACGGGCGAGCACAGGAACAAUCUGGGCCGUCCGCAGGGGUACAAGGGGUCCAAGUUCCACCGCAUCAUCCCCAACUUCAUGUGCCAAGGCGGUGACUUCCUCAACGGCGAUGGCACCGGUUCAACAUGCAUCUACGGCACCAAGUCGUUCGCCGACGAGAACUUCACUCUGAAACAUGACCAGCCUGGGCUGCUGUCGAUGGCUAACGCAGGCCCCAACACAAAUGGCUCACAGUUUUUCAUCACGACGGUGCCGACCCCGUUCCUCGACGGCAAGCAUGUCGUGUUUGGCAAGGUGGUGGACGGCAUGGACAUUGUCCGGAAGAUGGAGCACACCAAGACGGGCUACCGGGGCAAGGACGUGCCGAAUCUGGACGUGGUGAUUGCCCAGUGCGGUGAGAUGUAAAUAUUGUGGAGGGAGGGGCGGGGGAAACUCUAGGUACUAAUUGCUGGUACGAUGGAUAAAGUGCGAAGGUGGAUGAACGAUAUACACAACUUACUUUCCUGUGCGCUCAUGAUUGAUUCAUUCCGGGCUUCAUUCUAUCAUAUUAUAGGAUCAAGUGUCGCUUGACAGCGCAAAUGCCAGAACAGACUGUU